AUGGAUUCUCAAGAUCAAUCUUCUAAUCAAGCUCCGGCUCAAGAUCAGUCAUCUAAUGAUCAAGCCCCAGUUGAGUUUACACUUUUUCCACAGCUUCCCCUAGACAUACGAGUCAUGAUCUGGAAGCUCACUUUAACUCCUCGUUUGUUGAAUAGACGGUGCUUGAGCGUUAACAGCGACCAACCUCUAACUUCUAUUAACAUUCUUUCUUUACUUGGCGUUAAUGCAGAGACUAGAUAUGAAUCCCUAAAAUGCUACAAAAACAUAGCAAUUUCGGCCGAGCAUCUUCAGAAUUUAAGACUUUCAGGGAAUUUUUGGGUUCCAAAGGGAGAGAAACUCAGGAUUCUCCUCAAUCCUGAAAUCGACACUAUAGUCGAUGACUACCUUCGUUGUGAUUUUUAUCUACCUAGCAGGGAUACUAAUGCAUUAUGGCCGCAAGAGUGUCCACUACUCAUAGAUCCAGACUUUAUCAGGAAGGUUCGAGUAUCUCCCGAUGUUUUCAUGAAUACCUUUAGUCUUGUGAUGCGGGCUUCACCUUUUCUGCAUUUUUUUUAUCACUCAUUUGAGGACAUCAAAUUCAGGAACUACAAUGCACAUCGCACCAUAUUCACAAACUUGCCAUAUAACAAUUUGAAUGAGUUCAUUGUUCAGGAAUUUGAUUGCUUCCGUCGACAUAAGUUUGAUUCUCCGAGGAGGAGAGCUAUGUGGAAAAAUGUUCUGGAAAUCAUGUUCAAGGCCGAAGCAACUCGCAGUUUGAAAGCCCACACUCAAGUCUCAAUUCCAAAUAUCAGGAUACGUUCAGGCACAAAGGUAGGCCUUUGUGAUCGUUGCACUGUUCGAAUCACCCCAUGGACCAAGUGGCCAUUAGAACAUAUCCGCCUACCCAGAGUAGUAAAUCGACGAAUGAGAAAUUGA